AAAAGGAAUAGCCUAGUCUCUGUGGUCGUAAGCAUCUAGGAGGGUUGAACACGCCCAGUUCCCUCGAUGCUGUUGCAUUGGGUGGGGUCUAGCACCUAAGGCGCCAUUGAAUUGUUUUGCCGGUGGAUAGACGCAGAAUCACCGCGGCUGUGCGCAAUUCAGAGAAGCAAAGCGGCCGUCGGCUCUCCCUGGAUUGCAAUAUUCCAACGAUCGAAUCUUUUCGUUUUUUUAUAGUCCAUCUACACUGAAACGACAACAUGAGUGAAAUCAACGUAAAAAAGCUUAAGGUGAACGAGUUGAAGGACGAGCUGAAGAAGCGCAAUCUCUCCGACAAGGGAUUGAAGGCCGAGCUUAUGGAGCGGCUGCAGGCCGCGCUCGAUGCAGAGGCCCAGGCCGAAGUGGAAGAAGCUGCCGCGGCAGAUGCAACAGAAGAAAACGUGGCCGAGGGAAACGAUGUUGCGGUCGAACAAGAAGGCAUGGGUGAAGAAGAGCCAAAGGGCGAGAGCAUGGAGGCCGAGGAGCAAAAUGGAGACGGGGGUGAUGGUCAGGACGACGAAAUGGGCAAAGAGGAGGAGGAUGGGGACGCCGGCGUGGAAAUGGACAAAGCCCUCGAUGAAGAGGAGGAGGACGACGAGAUCAUAGACAAAAUCGACGAUGAAGAUGAUGAGCCUGAAUCUCAUCCAUUAGAGGGGGAUGCGGACAAAGACAUCAGUGCUGAUCAGAAGAAUAAGAAGGGUGUUAAGAGACGCCGGGAGGAACAUGGAAGGGGCUACUUUGAAUUUAUUGAAGAAAGCAAAUACAGCCGGUCUAAGUCUCCUCUGCCACCUCUUGAGGAAGAAGAUGAAGAGUUUGACGACACUCUGGCCUGCCUGGAUCCAUACAAUUGUGACCUUAAUUUCAAAGUCUCCCGGGACAGGUACAGCGCCUCCUCUCUUACCAUGGAGAGUUUCGCUUACCUUUGGGCAGGUGGCCGUGCCUCCUAUGGCGUAAACAAAGGCAAAGCCUGCUUUGAAAUGAAGAUCACUGAGAAAAUCCCAGUCAAGCAUUUAAACAGCAAAAACGUGGACUUCCAUGAUGUCCAUGUUGGCUGGUCCCUGGCUAAUGGCAGUCUUUUGCUGGGUGAGGGGGAGCAUUCCUACUCUUAUUCGAGCAAAGGGAAGAAGACUUCAAACUUUGUGACCGAAGACUAUGGGGAGAAUUUUGAUGAAAAUGAUGUCAUCGGCUGCUUCAUUAAUUUCGAAGCAGAUGAGGUGGAGAUUUCCUACUCCAAAAAUGGAAAGGACCUUGGUGUGGCUUUCAAGGUCAAUAAGGAGUCCUUGGCCGGGCAAACACUGUUCCCCCAUGUUCUUUGCCACAACUGUGCGGUUGAGUUCAAUUUCGGUCAGAGGGAGACACCAUUCUUCCCUCAGGUGGAGGGCUUCACCUUCCUGCAGCAAAUUCCUGUGGAUGUGCGUAUCAGAGGACCUAAGGGACCUGAGACCAAGAAAGAUUGCGAGGUGAUCGUCGUGGUCGGCCUUCCUGGAUCUGGAAAAACUGCUUGGGUAAAUAAACAUGUUGAAGAGAACCCUGGCAAGUUCAACGUCCUCGGCACCAACACCAUCUUGGAGAAGAUGAUGAUUGGCAGCAUGAAGAGGCAAAACAAAGACACAGCGAAGCUCUCAGCCAUCUCUCAGCGUGCUCCUUUGUUCCUGGGCAAGUUUAUUGAAAUUGCCGCCCGCAAAAAGAGAAACUACAUCUUGGAUCAGACAAACGUGUCUGCACUGGCCCAGAGAAGGAAGAUGUGUCUGUUUGCUGGCUUCCAACGCAAAGCUGUAGUGGUCUUCCCAACAGAUGAGGCCUUCAAGGAGAGAACACAGAAGAAAGCAGAAACCGAUGGCAAAGAUGUACCUGAGCAUGCCGUUCUGAAAAUGAAAGGUAUCUACACGUUGCCAGAGGUAGGAGACUGCUUCUCAGAGGUCACCUAUGUGGAACUGCAGAAGGAGGAGGCCGUCAAGCUCUUGGAGCAGUACAAGGGAGAGAGUAAAAGUGCUUUGCCACCCGAAAAGAAACCAAACCAGGGCACCAUAACCCCCAAAAAGGGAGGUGGACGAGGCAAAGGGCCUAAGAACCAGUUCGGUAGGGGUGGUGGUCCAGGCCUACGUGGAGGCAGAGGUGGAUUUCAGGCCCGUGGAAACUUCAGAGGAUUACCAGUACCACAUCGAGGUUUUAAUCGUCACCCGCGUGGCUACAUGCCACCACCGCCACCACCCCCUGUCUUCCGAGGAGGGUUCCAUAGCCGAGGUGGAGCCGGUGGGAUGCCCAACCGGGGAAUGGGCCCCAGGGGUGGGCACAUUAGAGGCGGCAGAGGUAGAGCAAUGGGCCGCGGAGGGCCUGCACACAUAGGUAACAUGCACCGCGGCGGAUCCAACAACAGAGGACACUUCCAGCAGAAGUUCCGUGGCAGAGGAGGCCAUCAGCAGAAUCGUGGUGGUUUUGGCAAUAAAAACGGAUCUUUUGCCCAAGCCUUCAACCAGAGCUGGCAACAAGGGUUCUGGAACCAGAAGCCAUGGAAUCAACAGUACCACCCAGGAUAUUACUAAGUGCGCAUUUGUAUUAAAGACUCAUGGCCUCUUGUGCGCUGAAAUGCACAGCCACUGAAUAACCAUCCACUUUUACGGUCCUUGUUUAUUAUAAUUUUUUAAAGGAAGUCCAUUUUUAAAUAAGAGAAGCAAGUGGCAAACAAACAUUCCGCCUACUGAAGUGAACAGUCUACGUUCUACAUAGAUGUGUGCUUGCUUCACUCUCAGAUUUUUGUAAAAUGUAAUUCCUCCCCCUUUUAUUUUGUAUCACAGCUUUGAUAUAUUGUUAUCAGGAAUCCCAGCAUUUGUGUUGUGUGAGGGAUGCUUUGAAUUUCAGGGUUGUGAAUUUUAUUCUGUAAAAUGUCAUUUUUACUCAAUGUAAAUUAUUAUUUUUCAAGUUUUUUGUGUAAAGGUUAGUGUUUAAAAAUCCCUGUGAACCUUAAUCUUUUAGAAGCUUUUGUCAUUAACCAUUCAUAUUUACACAGCAACUCUGCCCUUCAUGUUCAGUGGAGGAGUGAAAAUAUAUUUACUUCUUACAGGUUCAUGUUUUUCUUUAUUUGUUAGCCCAGACUGUAACAGUUGCAUCAUAGGUUUGCAAUAAAUGAUGUGCUUGCUUUUCUGUGACCUUUUAUGGCUUUUGACUGAUAUCUUGAACAAUCCAUUUCAAAGAGCCUUUGAAUGUCAAUCAGAUUUGUCUCUUAAUUCAGCACCAUCAGACUAUACUUUAUUGCCUUUUUCUUGUAGGGCAUACAGUGGAAAGAUUUUUUUAAAUCGGUUUAGUCAGUUACUUUAUAAAUUUACGCAUUUGUGUCAUCUAAGAAAUCAAGAGAAGCCACAAUGAAGCAUUCAUGAAGUUAAGCACUUGAUUGUGCUUACUGCUUUACACAGCUUUGUAAAAUCAACACCGUUCAACACAGCUUUGUCAAUAACUCCAUCAUAACGAUGGUGCACUAAGAUUACUAGUACUGUUCAUCCUGAGUAACAUUUUGUGGCAACGCUUUUGUUUUUUUUAAAUGGCUUUGCAAAAUAUUUAAUGCAAAGACUAUUGUUUUAACUGAGUGACUGCUAUAUUAAUCUGUGUACAAAUGCAAUUAACCUGUUUCUGGUGUACAUUAAAAUUAUGUUAUAGAACAAUAUUUAGACCAUUUUACUACAGGAAAUGUCCCAAAAAAAUUCCUUUGGGAUUCAUUUGUCAAAUGGUGGCCUUGACAACCAUUUUAGAUCUAACUGCCAGCAAAUAAGCAAGUUCAUUUAUAUGUUAAAUUCUCAAAUGCAUUAUUAAUGUUACAUGGAGUGAACUGUGGGAAAAAUAGUUGAAGGCCUUAUCAGAAUUUCAUACUGGAUUUACUAACUCGUAUGGAUUUUCUCAAUUUACAUAACCUCAUCAUUCAGACCACAAUAAUAUCACAUCGGCGAGACAUCCUGAUUUUCAUCAAGCCAGACCCUUGAUUUGUUUGAAUGAAUAUAUUUCUUAUAAAGUGCCAAAUGGCCAAAGAAAAAGGGCAGCUAUUUUUGACUUAAAAUUGGUGUAUUUUAUCAUGAUGUAAUGGUUUAAGUGGAAUAUUUUGUUGAACUGUGUACCAUUUAAAUUGAUGUAAAAGUAACUUAUUUCAGGAAGUAACUCAAGUCAGGAAGUGUUUUUUUCUGUAGAUGAUUUCCUGUGGGAUGAGAUAAUGACCCUGUCCUUUAAUAGAAUAAGUGAUUUUUAACUGGAUAGCAUGGCAUGAGAGAUUUGUGACUAUUCUGUUUUACUACACAAACUUUGUGCAAAAUACGCUAUUUUGAGGAUGAAAAAUGUAUUUAAUAAAUUGUACUAAAAAUGUGGCAUUAUGUGUUCUUGAGAGAUGGCAGGUGGUACGAUUUAUGAUGUUUGUAUUUUGGCUUUGAUUUUUCAACGAUGAAUGUUAAAAGUGUUUCAUGAUGUAAGGAAAUGUGUCAUUAAAUAAUGUAAUAAA